AUGGCUACCCCCGCUAUUGCGAAGCCCGAGCCUACCCCGGCAUGGAAGAAAAAUCUCUCCGCUCACCUCUUAUGUCCUGAGUGCAAGGAAGAUCCCCCCAACUUGGAGUUCCCCGAUUCCCAUGAGACAGUUUGCGGCUCUUGCGGUCUUGUUCUCGCGGAUCGUGAGAUCGACUUGCACUCUGAAUGGCGUACCUUCUCCAAUGACGACCAAAACAACGAUGACCCUUCCCGUGUUGGAGACGCUUCGAACCCUCUGCUCAACGGAGCGCAGUUGGAGACAUCCAUCGCAAGUGGAGGAUCUGGCCGCGCGCGCGAUCUGUACCGCGCCCAGAAUAAACAAUCGGGUGAGAAGGCGAAUAAGCAACUUCUGGCAGCCUACAAGGAGAUUGGUGCUCUUUGUGAUGGUUUCAACAUCCAAAAGACUGUCGCCGACACCGCCAAGUAUCUUUUCAAGAUGGUGGAUGAUGCCAAGGCUUUCAAGGGCAAGUCCCAAGAAGUGAUCAUCGCCGGAUGCAUCUUCAUCGCAUGUCGCCAGUGCAAGGUGCCGCGUACCUUUACUGAAAUCUUUGCUGUGACCAAGGUUACCCGAAAGGAGAUUGGUCGCAUCUACAAGGCUCUGGAGAAAUUCUUCACCACUCAGAACGUCGAGCGCCAUAACGCCGCUUUGGAGAAUGGUGAAACCCACGACUCUGCUGGUGACUAUAACGCCACUACUUCCACCAAGCCCAGUGACCUUUGCAACCGUUUCUGCAAUCUUCUCGACCUUCCUUACUUGGUCACCAGUGUUUCUGUCUCGCUUUCGGACCGUGUUACCGCCAUGGGCGAUCUAGCCGGCCGAUCUCCCCUAUCGAUCGUGGCCGCCUGUAUCUACAUGGCGUCAGCUCUCAUGGGCCAAGCCAAAUCCGCCAAGGAGAUUUCUUUAGUUGCGCACGUCAGCGACGGCACCAUUCGUGGUGCCUACAAGCAGUUGUACGCCGAGCGUGAACGUCUGGUCGACCCCGAAUGGAUCAAGGGAGGAAAGGGUGACAUGGCCAAGCUGCCCGUCAGUUAA